GUCUAUGGUAUAGGAGUGCUGCUUUUGCCGAGAGACAUGGGAACAUAUGAGGAUGCGUGUACGGCCAUCGACCGUGAAAAAAGCAACAGAGAAAAUAACAACAUCGGUGAAUUUUUCAUCCAGCAUCUGAACAGUGGUUAUUGCUCAUUUUUGUUCGUGCUUACUGCAAUAGUGGUGGUCGCUAAGGAUGUGUUCGGUGAGAAGAUUAAAUGUUGGUGUCCAGCUACAUUUACAGAUAAACAGGUAGACUACACAAAUAACUAUUGUUAUAUCAGAAAUACGUAUUAUGUUUCACCUGGACGAACAAUUCCACGCUACGGCGAAGACAGGCAGGAAUACGAGAUUACAUACUAUCCGUGGGUUCCGGUCAUUCUUCUGUCGCAAUGUGUGUUAUUUGUCAUCCCGAAAUGGACAUGGAUGGAGCUACAAACAUGUGCAAGUUUUAGUUUCAUAUCUAGACUAACAAAGAGCCAGAGUAGUUUGAGCACUGAUGAACAGUCAAAAAUUGCUCAUAUUAUGCACAGAUGGAUACAAAUCCGCGUUCUCAAGAAGAAACCAGGGAUUCGGGUACAAAGAAACACGCACAGCUUUGAAUUAUCACGGGAAAGCUAUCUUGCAAAGGCUUACGCAAUAUGUUGUUUGUUAUACGUCAUGAAUUCUCUCGGACAAAUGUAUUUACUAGACAGAGUUUUAGGAAAUAAAUUCCUAACUCUGGGAACUGAUGUUUUAUUUCAAAACAAUCCUGAAGAAAACGGACCAGGGAUGGUACGGUUUCCAACAGUGACAUUUUGUGAUGCUGAUAUCCGGCGAAUGACUAAUGUCAAAACAUACACUGUGCAGUGCUCACUCCCAAACAAUUUGUUCAACGAACAGAUUUUCUUGUGGGUGUGGUUUUUAUUGGUCUUCCUCUCGAUCAUCAACUUCCUAAGUUUACUUGACAAUUUUACCAUUUUCAUCAGAGGACGCAGGAGGGUGCUUAUCAGGAGGCUUCUAGUAUUCGGGGAAAAUCAGACGAAUUCUUCCCAAGAUGUCGGAAAUGAUAGAAAAUUAUUUGAUGAAUUCUUAGACCACUAUCUUGGUGUGGACGGAGUUUUUGUGAUAUCGGUAAUACGUUAUCAACUUGGAGCGGUAUAUACAAGCGUAUUAGUGGAAAAUCUCUGGAACAUCUUUAACGACCAUAAAAACAAUGACGAGAAAACGAACUGAUUCUCUCGGAGGUGUAAUCAGUCGUCAGUAUUGUGGGAUCUUUGCCAAUUUCAUUCUCUGUGGGAUAUUUUGAGAGUCUUCUAGACUUCCAUGGUGUAUCAUGGAGUUCUGUAUUUAUGUAAUCUCGUCCACGACCACUGCAACUAAAUUCUGAUGAAAGUUUUCAUGUUAUCAUUUGGUUUUCUCAUUAUCACUGAUUCCUUCAAUUUGCCAGGUGUUGUUUCUCUGCAUCCAUAUAUAAUCAUUUUGGGACGAAACGUCUUUCAACACUUUAGCGGGAUAUUUUCAAAUGUCUUUGCCAUUGGUCGUAUAGGGUUCAAUCAUAGUGGGCUCUUAACAUAUCACGCUAGCAUCCGCUUUCGGCCCACGCUAUCCGAAGGGUUAAUGGUUGUGCUUUUCAAGUACUAUUUAUAUAAGCCAUAUUGUAUCUGAUUGUAAUUCUAGUAUUGUUUAUAUAUCAUGAUUGUAUUUGUAUUCUUUGUGUUUUUACAAAGGGCUGAUUGCCUCGAAAAUAAGACAUUUUUUUCAUUGUCCACACUGUUGGAAUGACU